CUUUCAUUUUUCUUCUAACCUUUGCGAAUUUUCCCGAAUUGAUUUUAAGGCUGCGAAUUCGCGCGCAUUUCCAGAGCGCCAACAGACGGCGCUGCCUCCUAACAAAAACAAAACACCAGUAUUGAUAUUAUGAUUACCUACGCGGUUGUUGCUUGAUCCCUGUGCGAAGACAUCGCUUAAACAAACAAAAAAGAAAACUCUCACCACUCAGAAGAAGACGUCCAGGUGAACAGAGAGCUCUAGAGUCCAGGUUGUUUUUCGAAGAUGUUGGCUGAUCUUGAAGAUGAGUCUUCACCGUCGGAGGGCGAGUUGAGUCCGAGAAGGAAGGUUCCCAAUCAGCAACAGAAUUCUUCGAUCCUCUCCUCUCUGAGAAGCGUGUUGAUAGUGGUCAGCUCUGCGCUCAUAUGCUUCGCCGCUGCUCGAAACUCGAUCACUUGGCACUGCCAGCGAUUCUGGGGCGCCUCCGGGGACUUCUGGCAGGCACAAUGGGACAGAUUCUUGGACACGUUCGGAGAGGAUCCGUUCAUGCUCUGGGUGGUCGGCACGUGCAUCCUCACCACCGGAGUCUACUGGAUCUUCGGUGGUAUCUACACUCUACUGGACAUCACCAAUAAACCGGCGAUACUGAGAAGGUACAAAGUGCAGCCGGGAACCAACGAACCAGUCGAAACAAAGAGACUGCUGAAGGUGAUAUGGUGCGUUUUGGUGAACCAAGUGGUCAUCGGAUUUCCUCUCGCCGUCGUCAUACAUCGCGUCAUGCAGUACCGUGGGACGCCGCCGGUACGCGAACUUCCUACCUUUCACUGGGUCCUCGCUGAACUCGCUGUCCACAUAAUCAUGGAAGAAAUUGGAUUCUACUAUUCACACAG